AUGGAUUUGCCCCGAACUUCCUCCGUUCAAAACAGCAUCCUAUUGCUAUCUUUUGAAGAUGUCUUCCCGAUGGUCAAGGAUUGGAGUGACACCGCCUCCAAAUUCGUCAACGCGUCAGCUAAGACCCGUGUCGAAUGCCCCAUCGCACCCGUCAACAUGAGCCGCUUCAACGGAUGCGCCUUUCCAUCCUGCUCCGUCUUCAACUCCCGCAACCUCGCACCAAGCGCAACCAGAUCGGGAUCCCGCUCAAAUCCACAAUCGACCAACUCCAAGGACUCCAACACCGGAAACUUUGUAAGGAUAUCGCCCAGGUCAGGCAUAUGA